UCAUGUCAAGUUCUUAGCACUUCUGGAUCCUUUGAGAAGAGUGCUAUUGAGGUUUCCGUCGAGGCGUGCACAGUCUCUUGAACUCUGUUUGGAAGUUAUUGAAUCACAUUUGGAUUCUUUGGCACUGCCUAUAAAUCAUGUUUUGGAAGGUGAAGAACGUUUGCUUUUGGAUGCUGAUCCAUGUGUGGAAAAAAUUGCUGAAACUUACUCCGAACUUAUUACCUUUUACGAACCUUUUGCGACAGAUUUUUCUGUGGAUUACUGUAAAUUCCUUGAUGUAGCCAAUCGUUCCGAGCGAAUUGUAUUGAUAACUCAUCUGCUUAGAAUACUUGGUAAACCUCUUGCGUACCUUGACAUGGACUGUGAUGAUACUGCCAAGAGUGCUAGCAGGAACAUUGCAGAGAAACGUUUAGCUUAUUUAAACCUCUUGGUUAAUGACCUUUUCAUUUUUCUGGCAGCAGUUGAAGAGAAAGAGACUACGAUAAAUGAAGACAGUUGUGCAGAUGUUACUCAUGGGUCACAUUCGUGAAUUGUUGACUGUAAUGUUAAUGCACUUUCUUUUUCAAUGUUGUAUUAUCUGUUGCUUGGUGAAGGUGUCAAUCUAGAUAGUGUUCCUCUAGUAUAUGACGUACUUUAUGUGUUUCAGAGAGUGCUUUACCUUGCAGCAUUCCUUUUGAGACAGCCAAGUCACUUGCUUGUUCACAAAGGUCUACGUCUCGCUAGCGCAGUUCUUGUCAGGUUGCCCAGAGGCGAGGUGCCGUCUGAGCUGCUGGAUCCGACAAACCAUAAACAUUUUGCACAAUCUCUUUGUAAUAUUUUAAUAUAUUCGGAACAGAAAGAGAACAGACUCUCUGCUCUUAAGAUCCUCAAGAUGUAUUUGUUUACAUUUGAUCAUAAAGGCAGGUACUUGUUGAUGUGCAAUUUGCCCGAAGUGUGCAACCACGAUGGAGCAAUGGAACUGCUAGUUGUUACUUUCAAAGAUAUGAUAUACGAAGCCAACAAUGGGGGAGGCGCACCUUGUUCUAAAUAUUUUAUGGGUGGUCAUCUCAGAAGCUUGCUACUUUCUUUAUCUGCGUUGACACAUGGUGUGGAGUCGGACCUGGUGGAAACGGCCAAGCAGAUUUUAGCAUCACUGAACCUGGUUAGUUUCCUGAUUCUGUACGACAAGGAAGGCCUGCUGGGGGUGCGGGAGGCAUUGCCUGAAUUGGAGCAGCGACUGCUGGAACCACUGAAGCAAGGCAUAACCUUGUCACGAGACCACUAUGAGUUGAAGUUGAAGGACCUGAAGGAAGAGUAUGUGCAGAAUGUGAAACUUAAGGACUCUAGAGUUCCCUUAACUGUUGGGGAAAAGAUUCUUCCUAACCUGCCGAUGGAGAGAAAAGUUACCUUUCUUAAAUCUGCUCUCCAGUGUUUUGAUCUCAUGGAGUUUUCUUUGGGUCAGGUCCAUGACUGCAUGCGAGAAUUAAGUCUAAAAAAACUUAAAACCAGUAAUAAGUUCAAGAUGUAUUAUGGUGUUACUUUUAUAUGUAUUUUGUUGCCCCGGGGCUCCCUCCCUUUUGUAAUUAAUAUGUUUUAAUACCAAUGUAAUUAAAAGAUAAAAACAAAAGUAUAUUAGUUCAGUAAAAGGGCACUUAUAUAAAUCAAACCACCAGUCUUGUUAUUUCAUUAUUAUUCAUCCCCGAUCCACAUAGCCUUCUAGAGUUGCUAGAAGGUUAUAAAUAAAAUUCUUUUAUACGACGUCUGGGCACCUCUGUGAUUAUUGUUGUUAUUGUAUUGUUUUCUGGGCUGACGCUUCCAAGGCCUUAAUUUAUUUAUUCACUUUUGAGUGUUUACCUGCAGCCCAGCGUUCGUUAUAACCAAAUGAGAACCCUCACAAUAUGGAUGAGAUGAGAACUGUUGUGGAUGACUUCCUGAAAGCGCUGCUGCAAGAAAUGAGUCAUAGUGACUAUUCUACACCAUGCCAAAGGAAGAAGAAGCUCGAUAUUCCGGCUGGAAAAAAGUGUGUCAAUUGAUGACUUUCAUCUUGAAGCUGAUGAAGAAAGAAAUGAUCCUAGCACUCCAAAUACCAGUGAGCCCGAUGACUCCUCAUUUGGUGAUGAAAGUGAAAUAACUUCAAGAGCGCCUAAAGAAGCAACUUCGAACACUGAGAGAGUUGCAGUUAGUGAAUCAUUAGUUGAUUUUAAUGGUAGUAGAAACACGCAUGUGUGCCAUGUGAAAGACACAUAUCAGAGAACAGGUCUGGUUACUGGUUGCUUUCAACUCGAAUGCUGUGCCUGGUUGUAGCAAAAAAAAUUGAAUUUUAUUGGUGGUGGUA